AUGAUUUCCUCUUUCGAUGGCAAGCUCUUAAAGAAUGGAAACACGAGGGACACCUCGUUACACUUGGAUUGUUUUGGCAACAGAAGAUCUGAAACUGCGGGGUUCGAGAACAGUAGAACUGACGGUGUUCCAUGUAUUUAUGCGAAUGCUCCAGAUGAUGGGUGCAAGUUAGUGCUCGGAUUGGGCCCAGCGCCUAGCACAUACUCGGAUAACUUUUCAACUUUGCGGGGCAACAAAAGCAACGGACUGACAUCAAUGUUUGAACAAGGUCUAUCAACUGACCAUGAUUCGAUUCUAAAACUAGGUCUGUCAGGGGUUACUGAUGAAGUUUCCAGAGCACUCGAUCUUUCAGCUUCCACUGAAUGUACUUCUCAAGUAUCUUCGGACGGCAAUAAACUUGUGAUCCCUGUUGCUGACGAGGGUUCUACAUCUGGCAAGAAAUCCUCUGGCUAUUUAUCAAACUUUUAUCUGGCUCCAAGAUUGGAGAAUUCGGAAAUUGCAUUGACAGGAAAUAAAUUUUUAGAGCUUGGAGCAGCAUCUCAUUGCCAAUUUUCUCAGCAAAGUUCUGAACCUUCUGGUAGUUCUAAGUACUCAAUCAGUAUCAUGACAGAACCUGGAAGAGCUACUGUAUCUUCAGAUCACAGGACAAACAACACGAAGAGAUGCAAGUUUGCUGGAUGUACGAAAGGGGCCCGUGGGGCAACAGGUCUUUGCAUUGGCCAUGGCGGUGGACAUAGAUGCCGGAAACCUGGGUGCAAUAACGGGGCAGAAAGUAAGACUGUCUACUGUAAAGCCCAUGGAGGAGGGAGGAGGUGCCAGUAUCUAGGUUGUACAAAAAGUGCCGAGGGGAAAACAGAUUACUGCAUAGCACAUGGUGGCGGAAAACGCUGUGGAAAUCCAGGAGGGUGCACGAAAGCAGCACGUGGCAAGUCAGGCCUUUGCAUCAGACAUGGUGGAGGAAAGAGGUGUAAGAUGGUCGGCUGCACUCGCAGUGCAGAGGGACAGAUUGGCCUGUGCAUCUCUCAUGGUGGUGGACGACGAUGUCAAUUCCUAGAUUGUACCAAGGGUGCUCAAGGGAGUACCUUGUUUUGCAAAGCACACGGUGGUGGAAAACGAUGCACGUUUACAGGGUGUACAAAAGGUGCCGAGGGAAGUACAUCUCUCUGCAAAGGGCAUGGUGGCGGAAAACGCUGUCUCUUCAAUGGUGGUGGGAUAUGCCCAAAAAGCGUGCAUGGAGGUACGAAUUUCUGCGUUGCCCAUGGUGGUGGAAAGAGGUGUGCUGUCCAAGGUUGUACCAAGAGCGCACGGGGCAAGACUGAUUGCUGCGUCAGGCACGGAGGUGGAAAACGUUGCAAGUUUGAAAACUGUGAUAAGAGUGCUCAAGGUAGCACGGACUUUUGUAAGGCCCAUGGUGGCGGAAAGAGGUGCAACUGGAGUGAGGGAAAAUGCGAAAAGUUUUCACGGGGAAAGAGUGGUUUAUGUGCUGCACAUAGCAGCCUAAUUCGGGGGCAGGAGACUAUCAAAGGAGGAAUGCUUGGACAAGGACUUUUCCACGGAUUGGUUCCUGUUGCUUCUAAUGCUAUAAGUAGCUUUGAUAACACGUGCCUGUCCUCUGGAGUGAGUGUGAUAUCAGAUUCCAUAGACUCGAUUGAGAAGCGGUCAGCUAAAAGACAACAGUUUAUCCCGCCUCAGGUACUGGUUCCUCAGUCAAUGAAGGCCUCGUCGUCUGGCUCAAGACCAGUAGGUUCGGAGAAGCAAGAGGACGUGAGCACUAGGUUUAACAUUGGCAGCAACAGCCUUACUUUUGUGGGUCCUGAAGGGAGGGUCCAUGGCAGUGCAUUUAAUUUUGUGGGUCCUGAAAGGAGGGUCCAUGGCGGUGCAUUCAUGUUCUUACCCAAAAAAGGGGAUUAA